UUUUGUUUACAUUCUGAAAUCUUAAAUUAUUUUCAAGCUGAAAAAUGAAAUUUUUAUCAAUUUUCUUAAUUUUAAGUCUUGCGAUAUGCGGAAAAAGUCAUGAACUUAAAGGAUUUACACUUAAGCAGUUCCAAUUUUUGUACCAGAUAUUUACUGGUGAUUUUAUGGAUUUAAAAAAGAGAGAAAAGUUGGAAAAAUUAGCAGUGAGAAAUGAGACGUCGAGUGUCUAUGAUCACAUCACAUACCUUGACAAUCAAAUCUGCUUCCCUUAUGAAGCAUAUGAAGCAACUCAUCGAGAUAGACGAGCAAAAUGCAUCAGAGCUAAAGGCAAUGGCACUUUGUACCUUACAAACUCAAUAUCAGAAGUGAUGGCUUUAAUUUCACCAGUUUCUGGAACAUCAAGAAACGAUCAGCUUCCUGGAAAUUGCGUUGUUAUUCUUUUUUACACAAAAUUCUGUCCUGGAUGUCAAGCUUUGAUUCCACAUUACAAUUCUUUAGCUAGAAAUUUUCCAGACAUUAAAGUUGCAGCACUUGAUGCUUAUGAGAAUCCUGGUCUGAACACAGAUUUUGGAAUUAUUGGACUUCCGACAAUUGUCCUCUUUCACAAUGGACGAAUGUUGCACAAAUUUAACAUCACACUACCGGCAACAGUUAUAAAUUUUGUUAAUUUUAUCACAUCUCACACAAAUCUUCGACCAAACACCAGCAAUGUCGUUGUUACUUCUGAUGACUUUAGUCCAACGAGUCCAUUAAAAAUGACAAUGCAAGAAGAGAAACUUGAUCCAUAUUUAUGGAUGUCGUGGAUCUUUAUCAUCUUUUGUGCUGUUUACUAUUUCAGUAAAUCUAGAACUUAUACUCAAAUUGUUGAAAUGAUCAAUAGAACAUGGAGAGAAUCAAAUGAGGCACAAAUGCAGUGAGGUUAGUUUUUUUGAGGUUACUUUGAGUGAGUUUUCAUGAAAUAUUAGAAAUUAUGUUUUGGAAGAGCUUCUGGCUGCUUUUGUGCUGGUUUUUACCCUUUUUUGUUUCGAUUGUGGCUACACUUAUGAAUCUUAUUAUCCACCAACUGAUCUUAUCAAUGAUUCAAGUGUAAAAUAAAAUAAAAGAACCAAUGCGUGGAAACUCAGGAUUAAUCAUGAGAAAUCUCAUGAAGCUGUAAAAACAUCCCUGACCUAUUAGACAUGAAAAUGUGAAAUCCAUUUUAAAUCCCGAA